AUGACCGCCUGGGGUUUUCCAGCAUUCACCGAAAUGAGUCGAAUUCGCCUUCUUGAGAGGAUUUUUCGUUUUUUGCUCGCCAUUGUGUUGGCAGGCGUCCUUCUCGAGCCGAUUUCGUCUUCCGCAACUCCGGGUAACUCCUCGAGCAGCGACGUGCCGACUUGCGACAAGGCAGGGACGUCGCCGGGCGAGCUUAGAGCACAGCUUGAUUUGACCCUCAGUUCCGAUUCCGAUAGCGUUUCGUUCAAGUGUAGUUCGGCUCAGGAAGCAACGCGCGAACCAAGCAACGGGAACGUCUAUACCGAUGAGAGCUGCUCACAGGACCAUCCACUGGCGACGGUGUAUACGAACGCCAAAUUGUCGGAAUCAAUCGAUGCAGACAAGAUCAAGUACACGUUGACUAUCCCGAAGGGUUCACGCACGACCGAAAAAGUGCUGUGCUACAAAUGCACCUUACCCAGUACAGAUCCGGAAGGGAAAAGUAUCGCCACCCAAACUGAAGGCAAGGUGUGCAAGGUAAAAAUUACUGUGGAUGCUGUCGAACCAAUUAAGCCUGAACCCGAAUCCAGUGACGAACAAUCAACGGGGGUCAUCGAAUGCACAGGUGCUGACACAACCAAAGAGGCAAGUGUCUCCGCAGAAUCUCCUCUCUCAUUCAAAUGUGGAGCUGGAAUGUCCCUGCACCCGACAAAUUUGACAGACGUGUUUGAUGACCAGGACGGGAAGUGCGCCGCUGAGGUUGCGCUGCAGACUCUCGUUGACGCCACAUUAACAAAAACUGACGCUGAAGCCACACAUAACGAACAGCCAGUAUACCGGCUUGUUGUGAAGACGGCUCCUCCUGAAGACACUGCCCUCUGCUACAAGUGUGUGACUACUUCCAGCAACCUGGAAACAAAGACCAACUCCGGAGAAGAAUCGGCUGCGAAAGAGUGCCUACUGAAAAUAUCUGUGAAGGGAAGCCCAUCGUCAGCGUUUUCGCCGACAUGGGGAUCUCCCCAGGGAGCCCUCGUCUUCUUUGUAGCAGCACAAAUGAUGCUCAGCAUGUCUUAG